CGGGUAAUUGGGAGAUAACAAUAAGCUAAGCAGCAUGAAGGCUUCGCUAAACCUGGUUUGGGCAGUUAUUUUCAUAAAACAGGUUGUCGGGGAAUAUGGCAUGGCCCAUUUCAGAAACAAAAGCCAGAGCAAAGGAAAAGAUUACUGCAUCUUCUUCAACUCCCAGUGGGCUCGUCUACCUCAGCACCUCGACAAAGCAUCCCGUCUCCAGAUCUAUGACCUGACACCGUCAGUCCUGUGUUCCUCGUCGGACGUCCCGGAGGGGGGCUUCACCAAUCGUAUCCCCAUGGUAAUGAGGGGGAACUGCACUUUCUACGAGAAGGUCCGCCUGGCCCAGCUCAACGGAGCUAAAGGCUUGCUCAUCAUCAGCAAAGACAGACUGACCCCACCAGCAGGAAACAAGACUCAGUAUGAGAAGAUUGACAUCCCUGUGGCGCUGCUCAGCUACACUGACAUGCUGGACAUCAGUAAGACGUUUGGACAGGGCCGAGAGGUGGCCAUGUACGCCCCGAGCGAGCCUGUUCUGGACUACAACAUGGUCAUCAUCUUCCUCAUGGCUGUGGGGACGGUGGCCAUCGGAGGAUACUGGGCCGGCAGCAAGGACAUCAAGAAGCGCUACAUGAAGCACAAGCGUGACGACAGCGCGGAGAAGCAGGAUGAGGAGACGGUGGAUGUGACGCCCAUCAUGAUCUCUGUGUUUGUGGUCAUGUGCUGCUCGAUGCUCGUGCUGCUCUACUUCUUUUACGACCACCUGGUGUAUAUCAUUAUUGGGAUAUUCUGUCUGGCCUCGUCUGUUGGCCUCUACAACUGUCUCUGGCCCUUUGUGAGGAGACUCCCCUUUGGCAAGUGCAGGAUCCCAGAGAACAACCUUCCCUACUGCCACAAGAGGCCUCAGGUCCGCAUGCUGCUGCUGUCAGCCUUCUGCAUCGGAGUCAGUGUUAUCUGGGGCGUGUUCCGCAACGAAGACCAGUGGGCUUGGGUGUUACAGGAUGCCCUGGGCAUAGCCUUUUGUCUCUACAUGCUCAAGACUAUCAGACUGCCCACAUUUAAGGCCUGCACCAUGCUGUUGGUGACCCUGUUUGUCUACGAUAUUUUCUUUGUAUUUAUUACACCUCUCUUUACCAAGAGUGGUGAGAGUAUAAUGGUGGAGGUUGCGGCUGGUCCCUCUGACUCCUCCACACAUGAAAAGCUUCCUAUGGUGCUUAAAGUGCCCUGCCUCAACUCCUCCCCCCUGGCUCUGUGUGACAGGCCCUUUUCUCUGCUGGGAUUUGGAGACAUCUUAGUGCCAGGUCUGCUGGUAGCCUACUGUCACAGGUUUGACAUCCUCAUGCAGUCCUCACGGUUCUAUUUCCUGGCCUGCACUAUCGGUUAUGGUAUCGGGCUGCUCAUCACCUUUGUAGCUCUUGCCCUGAUGCAGAUGGGUCAGCCGGCACUGUUGUACCUGGUGCCUUGCACCCUCCUCUCCAGCCUCGCGGUGGCGCUGUGGCGCAAAGAGCUGCCCUUAUUCUGGACAGGAAGUGGAUUUGUGCUUCCCAUAGUUCUGCAACCAAUCAACUGUACGCAAACCCCAGGACCAACCAGAGAGGAGCCCCUCACCAAUCCUGAACUACAAGGUCCUGAAGCAGAGGAGGACCCACUUCAGGACACACCCCCUCCAGAGGCCAGCAAAUCAGAAAAGGAUUUCUAGGAUGCCAAUUUCUUAUUCAUUUAGUUUCUAUUGUUUUUUUUUUACAAAGGUUCUCUAUACAUUCGUAACAGACAGAAAUUAUGAACAUUUCAGUGCACUUGGUGUGUAAAGAGGAGGGGAGGAUGGAUGAAAGAAUGAGCGGGAGGGAGGGCACCCAACCUACAGUAGCUGUUCUUCAUAUCCUUGGGGUUGCAGGAUCAGCCAUGGGAGUCCUGGUAAAUGAGCCAGACAUGACCCAGGCUAAACAACACCAAGCCAGUCUGGGACAGGCAAAGAGCACAAUAUAGCUUCAAUGGAAAUUCUAACCAAAAGGAAGAGAGACCUGAUUCUUCAAACAACUUAAUUAUAAGAUUUCCAAAAACGGAGCAGUUAAGUCACUCAAUUGUGCAGAUUUUGGAGCCCAACGAACAGUGGGGUCUCAGCUUUUAUAUGAAAGUACAACCUCUUGGCAGAUGUGUGUAAACGGGCAGGGAACAGUGUGUAAAAGAUUAGUUUGUCUGUGCAGAUUAAGAUUGCACGAGGGAUUACUCGUCUAACGGCAUUUGCCACAGCUCACACCGUGCUCAUUUCUGCAAGUUUCCACACAGCUGAGUUCUGGCAGAUAGAUAAAACGUGAUGUCGCAUGCUGCGUUUGCACCCAAACGGCUCUGAGCUGUCGACAAGAUUGUAUCAGGGGGGAAAAAACACUAGCAUAUAACAAUAGACACUUCUCUAAGUAAAAAGUAUGUCUAAUUUUCUCACUACACACUAUGCCAAAGUCUUGUUCACUACUCGGCUAUUCCAAUCGGACAUGAGGAAGGUUGGAAAUAAAGGUUUACGCUAACCAACACCCCCUGGCCCUUCCCAUAUGAGUUAGACCUCCGUGACUGAAAUUGAGUCACACCACUAUAGAUGGCCUACUCUGCCCUGUUCAACCCCAUAUGAUGUGGUCACCGAUUAUGUUCAUGCAUCUCCCAUGUAGUCAGCCUGAGUCGCAUCCAAUACACAUGACCUGUCCUGCUCAACACCCCACCCUCAACACCAUCCUGUUCAGUUUGCCCCCCCCCCCCCCCCAAAAAAAAUGUAUAUGCAGAAAAGCAUUCAAUAAUUUUUUACAUUUAACCAGGUGAGUCCCAUUGAAUCUAUUUUUUUAAGGGAGGCCUGGCAGCCAUUAUAAUCUACACUACUAGAAGGUCAAUAUGUGCAUUCUAAAUUACACCCUGUUCCCUAAAUUGGGCCCUGGUCAAAAGUAGCGCAUUGUAUAGGAAAUGGGGUGCGAUUUGGGAUGAUACCACCAUUAUAAAUCUGUCGGCUUGUUCCCUUUCUUUUUCUUCUUUAAGUACCAUGAAGAACGAAAGAGCCACACUACGGCCUGUCCUCUGUACAUCAAAGAUGACUGAAGUAUCAGACAUACCCUUUUUCGUGUGGUGCUAUCAUGUAUUCUCAACCAGCCAAAGGUAUAUGAUAAUAAUGAUUAUUGAUUUAGGGCAUAAAGGGACACUGUCCUAGUGGACUAAAAAGCAAGCUUUGUGGAGAAUCUUCAUGUAAAGUGUUUAUAUAUCCAGAAUAAGACUUAAUCUGUGUUUGGGAAAUCUUCCCAAAUAUCUAUAUUUUUUUUAUCUUAGCUUGCUAUGGGUUUGGUUUGAUCCAGGCUGUUUUAUAUACAUUUAAGGUUGUCCCCACUCUUUUUCCAGUAGAUGUUGUGGUUCCACUUCAAAUUAGGUGUAAAACCCAUGUAUGUGUUUAAUUACAUUGUAGGCAGUUAUGUAAGAAUGUUUGCCUAGGUAAACAGUUUAAGUUGUAAGUACUAAUUCAUUACACUAACUACGUUAUAAGGAGACUUAGGGCUCGAUUCAGCGCUAUAGCACGAUUGAAAGGCAACGUUCUCGCUGCAUUCACGGUAAACGCUGUAUAUAAUGGCUCAAACUGAAAUUACCUUUAUUUCAAGUGCACAAUAGUGCUGAACUUCAGCAAUACGGAUUGAAUCAAACCCCCUAGAUUAACCGAUUUGUUUAUAAUAUUCAAUAUAGCCUUAAAUGGGUUUUGGCCUUGUAUGUCUGUGCAUAUUGUUUUAUGAAGACAGAGGCGGACAGCUAUCUAAACUUAUCGUAAGCAUGGUCUAAUUACCGAUAGGGUGGAGCCAUUGAUCAUCAGUUAUAUUAACUGCAAACAUGGGGCCUCCUGAGUGGCGCAGCAGACGAAGUCACUGCAUCGCAGUACUUGAGGCGUCACUACAGACCCGGGUUCGAUCCCAACCGGCCGUGACCUGGUGUCCCAUAGGGCGGCGCACAAUUGGCCCAGGGUCAUCCGGGUUAGGGGAUGUUUGGCCGGGGGUCUUUACUUGGCUCAUAGCGCUCUAGCUACUCCUUGUGGCGGGCCGGGCACCUGCAGGCUGACUUCCGGUAGUCAGUUGAACUGUGUGGCAAAAUGUGUAGAAUUACAGGAAAUUAGCUUUAAAACUACACAUCUUUCUUUCCGCCCCAUGGGAAAGUGUAGAAUUGCAGCACAAUUUUCUCUACGCCCCAUGGCAAAAUGUGCUGAAUGGCAGGAAAGGAACGUUAAAACAUAAGUUCUCUGCUGUCACGGGGGUGGGUUACUAAAAUGUUUUGGUCGCAAAGUGUGUGUUGGGGGGGGUACGCAACCACAGCAGCCCUAAACAAAGAGUUGCAGUCCGUUUUACCUUAGAUUAUAUAAUGUAAUGGUCAAAACAUUGAUUUGAGAGUUGUAAAGGUAGGGUGAGGUCUGUGCUUUUUUGACAACACACACAAAGCAAGUCCUGCAGGCUCAAGUUUUAUCUUCACUUGAUUACUGUCCAGUCAUAUGGUCAAGUGCUGCAAAGAUGGCCCUAGUUAAGCUGCAGCUGGUCCAGAAUAGAGCAGCACAUUUAGCUUUUAAUUGUAAUUAGAGGGUUAAUAUCAAUUAUAUGCAUGCCAGUCUCUCUUGGCUAAGAGUUGAGGAGAUACUGACUGCAUCAAUUCCUGUUUUUAUAAGAAACAUGAAUGUGUUAAAUUCCAGAUUGUUUGCAAUAGUCAACUUACACACACACACACUUACCCCACCAGGGAUCUUUUCACAGUCCCCAGGUUCAGAACAAAUUCAAGGAAACAUACAGUAUGAUUGCACGGAACUCCCUUCCAUCUCAUAUGGCACAAGUGAGCAGCAAACCUGUUUAAAACAACAAAUAAAGCAACGCCUCUCCAUGUGACCUA